GAGCGGAAGCUUGAUUCCAAGGAUUGCAUGUUCCAAUGCCUGUAUUAGUUUGCAAGUAUGUACGUGCCCGACCGCCAUAUUUUGCUACACACUAUUGACGCUUUGAAGUUCGCUUUCUCCACCCUUAGCGCUACCUGCUGUAGUGCAUCUCUCAGUGCUUCUGGGUGCGACUUGCGUUUGGAAUGUAGCGCGUCACAGGCAACACCGCGAUGGACCUCAAAUCCGAACUUCUGAAAUCCAUCUGGUACGCUUUCACAUCGCUGGAUGUGGAUCAGAGCGGGAAAGUGUCCAAGUCUCAACUAAAGGUGCUCUCGCACAAUCUGUACACGGCCCUCAACAUCCCACAUGACCCUGUGGCCCUGGAGGAGCACUUCAAGGAUGACGACGAUGGACCUGUGUCCAGACAGGGCUACAUGCCCUACCUCAACGAGUACAUCCUGGCCAAGGCUAAAGAGGGGACCUUUAACAAAGAGACAUUUGAUAGUCUGUGCUGGAUGCUGACAGCGAAGAAGAACCACAAACCCAGUGUUGCCGAGGGCAUGUGCUCAGGGCCAGACUGUUUCAAACUCUUCUGUCUGUUCAACCUACUGUCUGAGGACCGCUAUCCUCUCAUCAUGAUCCCAGUAGAGGUGGAGUACCUCAUCAAGAAGAUCUCCACGGCAAUGAGCCAUGAUUGGGACUCGAAGCUGCUGGAGGACUUGUUGUGCCAUAAACCGUCUCUCCGUGAGGGGCUGCCCGUGUGGGAUCUUCUGGAGUACAUGCACACUGGGAGGUUGCUCCAAAUCACCAGCAUAGAGGCCUUCAGCUUGGCUCUAGAUGAGGUCUUUCAGGAGAUGUACCACAAUGUCCUUAAGAAGGGCUACAUGUGGAAGAAGGGACAUGUCCGCAGGAACUGGACUGAGCGCUGGUUUGUCCUCAAGCCCUCCAGCAUCUCCUACUACGUCAGUGAGGACCUCAAGGACAAGAGGGGGGAGAUCCUGCUGGAGAAGGACUGUGUGGUGGAGGCCAUCGCUGAUAAGGACGGAAAGCGAUGCGUGUUCUGUGUGAAAACGCACCACAAGACCUACGAGAUGAGUGCCUCAGACCUCAAACAGCGCAUAGAGUGGAUCCAAGCCGCCCAGACGGCACUGCGUCUCCUCCAGGAGGGAAAGUCCUCCCUGCACCAGGAGCUGAAGCUGCACAGACGGGAGCAGAGGCAAAGCUGCCUUCGCAGCCACGAGGAGGCGCACAACCCACAGAGGCGGCAGCAGGAGAAGGAGCGUCAGGACCAGGAGAUCGACAAUAUCAUUCAGUUUCAGAGGGAGGUGGAGACCCAGCGCAAACAGGCUGAGGAGCAGGAGAAGGAACGGCAGAUGGAGGUGCAAAGAGAGCUGGAGAGGCAGCUACAAGAGGCAGAGAAGCUGAGGGUGAGCAUGGAGAUGGAGAUGGCUCAGAAGGAGAAAGAAGCAGAGCAGCAGCGGAGGAGGAUCGAGGAGCUGGAGAUCACUCAGAGGAAACUCGAGACAGCACUGAACAAUGAAAUACAGGCUCACCUGGAGGAAGAGAAAGCACGAAUGGAGCAGGAGAGACUCCAGAAGGAAGAGGAAGUGAAGAUAAAGCAGCUGAAGCUGCUACAGCAAGAAGAAGACGUGAAGCUGCAGAGGGCCCAGCAGGAGAAACACAGCCCAGAGGAGCAGGGAGUCCCCUGCACCUCAGCCUUAGACACAGCCUCCCAGGAGCUGCAGACCCUGAGGGAGACGCGCGUGAGGAGCAACCUGCAGCUAGAGGAAGCUAAGGAGAAGUUGCGCAAUGCCAGCCGCAAUGUAAAGCUGUGGAAUGUACAACUAAACAGGUUGAUGAAGCCCAUCUUACCAGGAGAACGUUUUGAGUCUGUGAGGCGCAAUAAAGAUGGUCCAGAAGAAGCCUUUUCCAGCCGAGAGUUUGUUGCCAAAUGCAAGCCCAGUGUCAUUCCAGAGUCCAGCAGCCAAUCAUCUGAGGAAGAAGGGGUCCUUCAGGAAAACCUGGAGGCUGUCGGCUCAUCAGAUUCAGACCAAACACUUUCACAUUAAGACAUUAAGCAAGGCGAUUAGGACAGUAAUUCAAUGAUUUUUCAGUGUCAUUUUCGCAUUCUAGACACUGCAGUGCUAAUUGCUUGUUUUGAUGCAACAUAAUGUUUAGCAUUUCAGUAGUUGACUGACUCCAGCAACCAAAGGUCACACCAAUUUGUCCUGCUGCUGAAUCCCAUGCUACCAGGGUCCCUAUGUUUUGGCUCUGCAAACACAACACUGGACAGUGUCAUCCACAAGCAAUAGUCAUGGUCCUGCAUAUUUGGCCGUGUCAAUCAGUGUUACAUGCAGACGGAUCCUAAAAUAUCAGCAUCCUCAAACCACUAGGAAAGAGGGAAGCAACCCAAUCAUUCCUAGGACCACCAUCAUCUCUGGGUCAGCUUUUCCUGUACAUAUGAAAAAGGGUAUAACAAUUAUGUGAAUACCUUUACUGAAAAUGUUUUAAUAAGAUCAGCAAUACAAUUUUGCUACCUCUUUGGCUUUGUCUAAUUACUGUGGUUAUAACUGUAAUUGAUUUGUGCAUCACGUAGAACUGUUGUAACUGCUACCAACUGCCAAAAAUGUGCCUGACACAGUUAUAGUAGUGCUUAUCAUAACUGUUCAGUGGGAAGGGGAAGCAGGGUUAAGCACAUGUCUUGUUGUGUUUGCCUUGUUCAUAUUUGCUGAUAAAGCUGUUCUGGUAUGAAUCUCAGAUCUCCACAUUUCCACAUGAAAAUUAUUUGUAAACUGUAACCAGCAUGUGAAUAGGUUAUCUCUUAAAAUGUGACUCCACUUACUGGUUAUACGUGAAUAAAGAUAUUUUCACAGGAUGAAAGCCAGAUCAGAGGAAGAAAAUCCUCAAGUAUUG